AUGGCAUCGACUACUUACAAUGGCACAAACCGUGGCUUCCAGAUUGGAAACAACUAUGCUCCUGUCACAGGACACUGGCACCAGUCCUACACCACUGAAGAUAUCGAUCGUUUUUGCCUCCGAAAUCUUCGAUGUCCUGACUCACUAGUCGUGAAAAAUCGAUUAAAAGAGACCAAGGACAAGUUACUUCGCCACUCGUUUGAAUGGAUUCUUCAAACCCCGCAGUAUCACAGUUGGCGACAUGGAACAGAUGUCUGUCUGCUUUGGAUAAAGGGCGGUGCUGGGAAAGGGAAGACCAUGAUGUCGAUCGGACUUGUCGAAGAGCUUUCACGGGAACGAGAUGAAUCUGCUGUGGUGACCUAUUUUUUCUGCCAAAAUGCCGACAAUGAGCUCAACACCCUUGAAUCACUCAUCAAGGGCUUGAUUCUAAAGUUAGACACCGAGAACGCUCGCUUCAAUGAGGACAUCACGUCAUGGCGAAAUCUAUGGGACAUCCUGCUGGAGAUGUUGGACCGAUGCAACUCCCCGAAACUCAUCGUCCGCAAUGGGCUAGACCACCCAGUCAAAAUCAAAUGGCUAUUAACAAGUCGACCAUUGGAAGCCGCAGAGAGGGCAUUGUUAGCUGGACAUGACCAGAUGCAAGUUAGUCUUGAACUGAACUCGAGAUAUGUUUCUGAAGCUGUAAAAACCUAUGUCUCUCACAAAUUGGACGAGCUCAGUUGUUUUCACAGUUAUGGAAAAACACUGAGGAGAGAACUGGAAACUGAACUUACUGUGAAGGCUGAGGGUACAUUUUUGUGGGUGAACCUGGUAUGCAAGAGACUCGAGAGUGUCCGCCAAGAUGACGCCCUGACUACAAUUCAAAAUUUGCCUCCAGGGCUACAUCCUUUCUACGAUAGGAUAUUGAAACAACUGAGCGAAAGGAGGCCGAAUGAUGCCCAAAAGUGCAUGCGACUAAUCAAAGCGAUGAUGCUAGCAUACCGACCUUUGAAAGUGGAGGAAGUUCCGAGUGUGACUGGCCUGACUAAUGAAGACAACGCUAUUGAGGCAUUAGUCGAUCGCUGUGCUUCAGUCCUCAGAAUGCAAGAAAACAACAUAGAAUUCGUUCACCAGUCUGUUCGAGACUACUUGGCCGGGGAGAAUGGACAGUCUGUCCUUGACACAUAUGAACGCUUCGGACAUCGUGAGAUUCUAAUGGGCUGUCUGUCUUAUUUAUCCGAACGGCUAAAGGUCAAUCUUCUAGACCUGCCGCGACCUCACUCGACCAGAGAGGAUUGGAAUCCGCCCAAAGACAAGAAACGAUGCGUGCAACUGUCUUGUCUAGACUACGCGGCUACCUACUGGGUGAAUCAUCUCGAGAACAUCCAGCGAAGGGAAGUAGCACAGAGCGGGCUUAUUGAGAAGGGUGCAGUUGGCAUAUUCCUCCAUGCAAAGAUGUUGGAGUGGCUUGAAGUCUUUAGUCUAUUGGAUAGGCUACCAUGGGCCAUUGAAGCGUUGGAUGCAUUGGUGAAUAUAACCGAAGACGACCCUUUAACUUGGGGACUUGUGCAGGAUGCUACGCGUUUUUUUAUGCGGCAUUUCAAUACCAUGAAUCAGUGGCCAUUACAGAUCUACAGCUCUGCUGUUAUCUUCAGUCCUGAAUCAAGCGUUGUGAAGAGGGAAAACUUGGAUAAAAUUCCAGGAUAUCUGAGAAACGUCCCGCUCAUGGAACACACAUGGGUCUCUCUAAUACAGACACUACCAGCACACAAGGGCAACGUCAACACUGUCGCCUUUUCACCCGACGGCAAGCAGUUUGCAUCAGGCUCUAGUGACGGAACCAUUAAGCUCUGGAAUACCGCAACAGGUGACCUACAGAAGGCACUAGAAAGACACUCGGCAUCUGUUAACUCUGUCGCCUUUUCACCCGACGGCAAGCACAUCAUAUCAGGCUCUGAUGACAGAACCAUUAAGCUCUGGAACACAGCAACCGGUGACCUACAGAAGAUACUGGGACACUCGGAAUCUGUAAACUCUGUCGCUUUUUCACCAGACGGCAAGCGGAUAGCAUCAGGCUCUAAUGAUUAUACAAUUAAACUUUGGGAUACUAUAACAGGCGACCUUCAGAGGACCCUAGAAGGCCACUCGGACGUGGUUCUUAGUGUCAGCUUCUCACCGGACGGCAAGCAGAUCGCAUCAGGCUCUAUAGACACAACCAUCAGAGUUUGGGAUGCUACAACGGCUAAACUUCAGAAGAUACUAGAAAGUCACUCAGGCGGAGUCGGGACUGUGGUCUUUUCAGCAGACAGCAAGCAGAUUGCAUCAGGCCAUGACAAAACCAUCAAAAUUUGGGGUACUCCAUCAGGCGAUCUUCAGAAGAUACUAGAAGGUCACUCAGACUGGGUCAAAGCAGUCGCCUUUUCACGAGACGGCAAGCAGAUCGUGUCAGGCUCUUCUGAUAGGACUAUCAAACUUUGGGAUACCACAACGGCUGGCCUUCAGAAGAUAAACGGCCACUCGGCCGGGGUCGACACUAUCGCCUUUUCACCCGACGGCAAGCAGUUCGCAUCAGGAUCUUAUGACGACAUCAAGCUCUGGAAUACCGCAACAGGUGACCUACAGAAGACACUAGAAGGACACUCGGGCUUGAUCAAUACCGUCGCCUUUUCACCAGAUGGCAAGCAGAUCGCAUCAAGCUAUUAUGAUAAGACAUUCAGGAUUUGGGAUACCACAACGGGUGACCUUCAGAAGACGAUAAUAGGCCACUCGGGCUGGGUCAAGACUUUGGUCUUUUCGCCAGACGGCAAGCAGAUCGCAUCAGGCUCAUUUGACCGAAACAUCCAAAUUUGGGAUACCACAACGGGUGACCUUCAGAAGACGCUAAAUGGCCACUCGGGCUUUGUCGACACAAUAGUCUUUUCACCAGAUGGCAAGCAGAUCGCAUCAAGCUUUUCUGACAAAACAAUCAGACUUUGGGCCAUCGCCAAACCUCUUAAAAUGCCAAAUUUUCUCGACCGUUUGAGAAGCCGUUUCAAGAUCCGCCCAUGGAAAGAAAUUCAGACAUCAGAGCCGGUGUAUAACAUGAAAUUCUCAGCAGAUAACCGAUACCUUGUAACAGACAUUGGGCCUAUCAUGCUCAAUGGAAUUGCCACCGAAAUUCAGGUUGGGAUUUCAGAUACUUUAGUGAAACUCUUCGUCGGAAACCAGUGGAUAUUCUAUGGAGAUCUGGCGGUCUACAAAGAUCUUCUGGGUCAGAUCGACAAGACAAACCUGAUCUUGAAGACUAUCAGUGAGCAGUCGAAGAACCUGGAGGAACCUCGACGCGAUUUGACUAAGCGGAAAGAGAGCCUGGAACAAUGCCUGAUCAAAGAAGACUUGCAAAAGCUCUUUACGACCUCAUGGUACAGGAUAGCCAAUACUGGGAUGGUUCAUGUCAAGAUGGGCAUUUGA